AUGGCGAAAACCUGGACCUCAGCGUUCUACAUCUACCUGAUCUUCUCCUGCCAAAUGCUCCCUCUCUGCACCUCGAUGCGAUCUGAGGCGGAUUUCGAGGAUGAGAUUGAGGCCACCCCGAGCAAGGAUGCCAACGCGCUCCGAUCCGUGCUGGGUUUGAAAUGUGGCGUGGAUAAAGCCCCGGACGAGACCCAUUGGGUCAUGAAUCCCCUGAAUGCUGCCCUUCAUGGUCCUGGUGGCAGUGAUGAAGAUCUUGAGCCCACAGUCGAGUGCGAGAGCUCGAAAGUGGAGUCCGGAUCCCUAAGGAGUCGGGCCACGAAGGUUGGCGAUUGGAUUUCCCUUGGGUGGCGAGGUGCUGACAGAUGUGGCAGAAGCAGUGGCCGAUGCAACGCCAGUGGGGAUAAUCCUUACUGUUCAGAGUGGGAUCAACAGCCACCUGGACCGGAGGGCGCUCAAGCGUCAACUUGA